CGGCGGGCGGGGGAGACGUUUCUGCAAAACCCGCUUUUUUUUGCACCCUUUGGUGCCAAAAUUGGAACGGCCCGUUGCAGGGCUCAACCACGUCGGGCUUCCAAGCAAAAGGCCGUGGGAAUAUAGCGGAGCAAACAGUGUGCUGACAUAGUUCUCUUCCCACGGAAACGCCGUUCGUGUGCGCGUCUCUUGUUUGCACGGUCCUAAUGGAGUGUAAACCUGAAUCCACAUCCGCCUCCGUGUCAGAGGGGCUGAGUACAACACGGGGCUGGAAAACGCUCUGCAAGGUUACCACAGAGGCAGCACAUAAAUGCAAAAGGUGGCAGAAACUAGGGUUGUUGGCCAGCAGAGCUGCGGGCUUCCUUGGGAUGGUUGAGAUAAAUAAGGAUUGGGAACUGAGAUUUAAACAGGUGAUUCUCACCUCAGUUUCAUAUCUCUGUUAUGAAUAUCAGAUGCACGGGUUUGCACAGGUGAUGGUUUCCCAGGUCUUAUCUUGCAUCCAUCUCCUGUCGAGUCCUCAGCCUGCACACAAUGCCAGGGUCACACAGUGCUAGGGUGUUCAUUCACCCACCAGUGUUUAAAUCCAACAUCAGCUCCCCAAAACCCCUGGGCAACCCCUGCCUGUGUCAGCAAAUACCCCCCACCCAGAAGUGCUUCCAGAAGCAAAGCUUCCUUGGUGCCACAAACGCACGAGCAGUGGCUUUCAGGACAGGCUGUGACAAUGUGAACAGAAUAAUAAAAUACUCUCUGAGCCAAGGGAAGAGGCAGAAUGACUUUGCUCCCACUGAGGUGACGCAGCACUGCCUAUGUGAUUUCUGCAGACUGCUGCAACCACAUCGCUUGGCUGCAUCUCAGACCCCUUUUAACAACUUGUUUAACCCUUCAACCAGUUUCAACCAAAUUCUGUGAGCAAGCAGAGUUCUUAGGCAAAAGUUCCUACAAGUUUUGUGUGGACAGAGGGAAGGAAUGCAGAAAUAUUGGCCCUUUGCAAGGGAAAUGCUGAACAUGUGGUAACUUUUUGUUGUGAUGCCCACUGGGCAGCUGCUGGGCAGGACAGCUAUAGCUUGGUGCUUCUUGCCCAGCUCCUAACCUGAGGACACUGAGAAAGAUGAGGUAGUGUGUAGGAGAAACAGGGAGCACUGCAAUUUGGCUGCCUUAGGGAGCACAGGUAGGCAUGAACUGAAGUUACUGUGGUCAGAGCAGACACGGGAAGGGCACUAUACUCUUUAGGAAACCCUUAUUCCUCCAUUAUGCUGCUUAGGGGAUAGCUUGCUCAACACAGUGACUGGAUUUUCAGUGCACAGUGACAAGCAAAGUAUAUCGUGGUUACAGUCAGUGUCUUGGCAGGUAGAUCGAGAGCACUCCCUGCAAUCUGGGAGCACUUCAUCACCUGUGCCUAGGUGAUGGGAGAUGGCAAAUCAGAAAAGGUAGCAAAAGUUGUUUUGAGACAUAGCUAAGGUUUGCAGCUGUCUGAAAAUGAGCACUGCUGCACAGAACAAAGUUUGGCUCUUCUUGAGGCCAUGCUCAUUACUGUGCUAGAAGGAGACUUGUCAAGCCAAGGUUCAGCUCAAAGCCAAGGUAAGCAGAAUUUUGCAAUAGUUUUGCCAAGGAAACAAAACCUGUGAAAAUAAAAUGUGGCCAGUUGACAGGGAAGGGGGCUGCUCAGGUACGCUUAUAGGGAGGCUGAAAUCUACAUCCCACCACAAAGUACCACAAGGAUACAGACGCAGCGGCACCUUGCAUUCCGUAGCAUCAGGACCAAAUGCAGACAGGCUGAUUCUCUGGAUCUUAUAUAAGAGGAUGGAGCGGAGCAUUUAGAGUCCUGUUCGGAAGAUAUGGAAGAACCAGGCCCUCCUGCCCUUUCCCUCAUGCCUGGCCCCAAGCCAUAGCUCACCUCCAGCCCCCCAGCUCCCCCACAGCAACCUCUGCCAUUCCUCAACCCCCACUGCUGAGGGCUGCAUGCUCGCUGUGGGAGGCAUGUGCAGAGCUGCCGGCAGCCAGAGCAGCACAGCCAGCCUGGAUUGCAUUGCUCAAACCCGGUUUCCCAGCAGGGCACUUAUUCCAGGGCUGGGUCCUCCCCUGGCUGCGUUCUACACUAAUGACUAUUUCCCCUUGAUAAAUUACCCUCGCCAUCGUGGGGCUGACAUCUUACACUGGAGCCCUGCUUGGUCCCUUAUCAUGGGAGCAUGAGGAAUGAUCGUUCCCCACCGACACCCAUCAAUAGCAGUGAGGAAAAGCCAGGAAGGCAGGCAGACGAUAGCAGGAACAUGCCCCACAGAGGUGCUGUUAUUCUUGGGACAGGAGGCUACUGCGGAGGAGGAGGAGAGCUUGGAGGGUGGAUGGGGGGGUCCUGUCACUGCUGAUGCUGGCUGGGGCUCUGCAGCUGAAGAGAAGCAUUGGCUCAGGAUGGUCAAAGCUGGGAAAGGAAAAAGCAAGGAGGGAAAGGGACAAAGUGAGGGGAGCUGAGAGGCAGGCUGGAGAGCACAGACAGCCCGGUGAUCUCUGGUGCAUGAGGGAUGCGGGAAGCGGGCUGCGGCUGAACAUGUGGACCAUCUUGGUGAUCAUCUUCGGGAUUUCAGCCAUUCUGAUCAGGGCUGUCCCUCCUGUCUGCGACCUCCUGAGUGUCUUGAAAAAGGAGGAAGAAAACUGUGCUGAGAUUUUGUCCCUGGAGGCAAGGAACAGAACGCCUGAAAAUGAUUUCCUCCUAAGCUCAGGUGAAGGCAGAUGUGCUGGGAUGUGGGAUAACAUGAGCUGCUGGCCUUCAUCUGCUGUGGGAUACACUGUCAGUGCUCACUGCCCCAAAUUCUUCCAGAUGCUGACCGGGAAACAAGGUUUUGUCUAUCGAAACUGCACCAGCGAGGGUUGGUCCGAUCCAUAUCCAAGACCAGAUAUUGCUUGUGGCUACAAUGUCAAUGACACAACAAACGAGGCGAGACGUUCCUAUUUCAUGACCCUGAAGACCAUGUACACCGUUGGGUACUGCACCUCCUUGGUGACACUGACAAUAGCCUUGGUGGUCCUGGCCUCUUUAAGGAGACUUCGCUGUACGAGGAACUACAUCCACAUGCAUCUCUUCACAUCGUUCAUUUUGCGAGCCUCAUCAAAUUUCAUCAAAGAUAAUGUUUUAUUUUCCUCUGAAGACACAAACUACUGUGAGGCAUACACGGCUGGCUGUAAGCUUACCAUGGUCUUCUUUCAGUACUGCAUCAUGUCUAACUACAGCUGGCUCCUCGUGGAGGGACUGUACCUCCACUCUCUCCUGGUCAUUUCCUUCUUCUCAGAAAGGAAGUUCCUUUGGUGGUUCAUCACCCUUGGAUGGGGUGCCCCAACUGUCUUUGUUGCUGCAUGGGCGACCGCAAGACAGCUCAGUGAAAAUGUUGGGUGUUGGGACAUUAACACAAAUGCCAAUACCUGGUGGAUCAUUAGAGGCCCUGUAGUUCUGUCUAUUUUUGUUAAUUUCAUUCUCUUUGUUGACAUUUUAAGAAUCUUGAUGAGGAAGCUCAGCUCACCUGAAGGACGGAGCAGCGAUUUCAACCAGUACAAGAGACUUGCCAAGUCAACACUUCUCCUCAUCCCACUCUUUGGGGUUCACUACAUCAUCUUUGCUUUCUUCCCUGAAGACGCAAGUAGCGGCACAAUGGAAAUCCAGCUGUUUUUUGAGUUGGCUCUUGGAUCGUUUCAGGGUUUUGUCGUGGCUGUACUUUAUUGUUUUCUUAACGGUGAGGUUCAGCUGGAAGUUCAGAGAAAAUGGAGGCAGUGGCACUUAAGCAAACACCUGCGUCAGCAGCUCAGCACCUCAGCGAGUAACGGAGGAAGCGGCGUAACUCAAGAGAUGCAGGUGACCAAGGCGAGUCCACCACAGGACAGGAAGGCAACUUCCCAAAGAUCAAGCAUGCUUUAACACUGCACUCUUAAGGGACACCUCCAUGCUCAGAUACAUGUGGUUAAACCUCAUGGACUGUGCUGGGAGCCUUGUGUAUAUAUCCCACAGCGGGACUUGGCUGUAGACCAGCACUUCUUGAAGCACAUCUGUUUGUCUAUAUCCUCUGUAGCACCAGAGUUAUUUUGCAAGGCAAAACGGGCUAAAUCAUUAUUCUCUUCUUUGGGUUUCUGACCAUAGUCAUUUAUGUUUCUGUCCACACUGAUAUUUUUAAGUUGCUAUUUGUACCUUAAAUAUAGCUCCUCGUUUUCUGUGUGGCUCCCUUCCAAUCCUAGGCCAGGCUGGUGGGUUUCAGAUGUUUUGCCUUUCUUCUGCUGUUGAAGUUAGAAGGACAUUCAGCUUUGCAAGAUGGUAGUUACAAACCAUUCCUUGAUAAAGCCCAUGGGUUUGAUACGCAAGCCAAUUCACACUUAGAAUUUAUCAGGGUUCCAAGUCCUUCAGUUGGGGUGGACAAUGACAGACAGUGAAUACAAACCAUGGUCGAGCUUUUGCUUCAGCUGUGACUGCAUAUGCAUUGCAUGGGUACUUUCCAGUGAUGGAGUUUUCUUCCUUUGUCUCUUCUAACAAUGGAGAUCUUUAAAAUAACAGUGGUCCAGUUUGGUUUUUUUUAUCCACGUUUUGUUUGUUUGUUUGUUUGUUUGUUUUUAAAGGUAGAAAAAGCUAUUUUAGCAAAGUCCAAGAGUGGCCAUGAAAAUUGCCCUUGUUUGAGCCUCAAAAAGAUAAAAGAAUUCAGCUAGCAAUGCAUUCAGGUCUGCUAUUUGUUUCUGUAUCUUUACCCCUUUGAGGCAGUCCUUACCAGGCGUUCCUUGAGGGCAAAGAUGACUGAAUGAAAUUCCAUCUGUCACUUUAUCCCUGCUCCUGGUCACAUAUAAGACAUCAUCAAAACAGACACAGCUCUGCCAAGUGCUGACAAGAGGCAUUCCCCAACUGCUCUGCCAAAACAUGUCACCUGCAGCAAUGGGAGAGCUGAGCAUCCUCAAAAG